UUUUCUUUACUGGAGCGUUGAGCUCGUUUCCCUGCUGACAGUUGACACGUUGCCGUUUUCACAAUCUGUCAUUGCGUGCUGCAUUCUAAUACGACGCACAGCAGUGGAGGCUCCCGCCUCACGUUUUUGUCGCCGCGCUAUUGUGUGAAGGAUCAGUUGUCUUGCCAAGAGCAGCGCCGCGAAAUGGCGUCGAAACAAAAUGACAAAGACGGCGCAGUGCGCCGGGACGCGUCAUUCGAGUGUGGAGUGAAAGCUGGCGACUGGUUGCCCGGAUUUACUCCAAGAGAAGAAACAGUCUACGUUCACGGGGGUGUUGAACCGGACCCCCUCACUGGAGCAAUUUUGCCACCGAUUUAUCAGAAUACAACUUUUGUUCAAGAAAGUGUUGAAAACUAUUUGAGCAAAGGGUUCUCAUAUUCGCGAACUAGUAACCCGACGGUGCUCAGUCUAGAAAAAAAAAUUGCCGAAAUAGAGGGAGGCUUCGGCGCGUGCUGCUUUGCCACAGGAAUGGCCGCAACUGUCACGAUAUUCAGUGCUUUUUUGGCGCCGGGCGACCACUGUCUUGUUACCAAUUGUUCCUACGGAGGAACCAAUCGCUGCGCUCGACUGCACUUCUCCAAGUACAAUAUCGAUUUCGAAUUCAUCGAUUUCCGCGAUCCCACAAAUGUUGAAAAGGCGAUUCGUCCUCAAACAAAAGUUGUUUUUUCUGAGUCCCCCUGUAAUCCAACUCUGUAUUUGGCUGACAUUGAGGCCAUCAGCCAAAUAUGUAAAGAGAAGAAGGUCUUACACGUAUGCGAUAGCACCUUCGCCACACCUUACAUGAUGCGGCCCCUCGAUCUUGGUGCUGAUAUUGUGGUUCAGUCGACAACCAAGUACUAUGAUGGCCAUAACUGUACUCUUGGAGGAGCAGUGAUAUCUUCAACCAAAGAAAUACACGAUAAAGUCUUCUUCCUUCGGAAUGUGAUGGGGAACAUCAUGAGUGCCCAAACCGCGUUCUACACGCUGCUUACUCUUAAGACGCUGCCCAUUCGUGUAGAGAAGCAGAGUGCGAACGCGCAGAAAAUUGCGGAAUUUCUGAGCAAGCACCAUAAGGUUGAACAUGUGAUAUACCCAGGCAUACCUUCGUUUCCUCAAAAGGAGCUCGCCUUGAAGCAGCACAAAAACGUCCACGGGGGCAUGCUAGCUUUUGAGGUCAAAGGAGGUACAGAAGCAGGCAUCAGAAUGAUGAACCACGUUCCGCGUCCCUGGUCUUUGUGUGAAAACCUGGGAGCGUGCGAGUCGAUCAUCACCUGCCCCGCUGUUUUCACUCAUGCGAAUAUGCUUCGAGAAGAUCGACUUAAAGUUGGAAUCACGGACGGAUUCAUUCGGGUUUCAGUCGGCAUUGAAGAUGUCAACGACCUUAUUGAUGGACUCGACUACGCUCUUAGCAAAGCGUGAACCUCAAGGGUGGGACGUAUCUCAGCAUGUGCAUUUAACGCUUCCUGUCAUCUUGUAUUCUGAAAGGAGGCUCUUCAUUCUGACAGCGCGGCGCGAUUUUAGACAUGCGCCUGCACACAUGCGACCGACAGAAUGUGAGUAUCUACUUUCGAAUCAUGACCAAGAUGGCACGAGCAGUGAGGAACUUUGCGAUGAGCCUCGUCACAUGUAAUGACCCUUUUUCACAUCGAGCGUCUUGCGAAAGCGUGAGCGUCUCCACUUUAAUGACUUUUUUUCCGGUCCUUUCAUACAUCU